UUAUAGCGAGACUGCGGCGGGUGUUUCGGACACUGGGGGGGAACUGACUUGGUGUCACGGACAUCCCCAGUGACACCAAUACAGUGAUCAGUGCUGAAAAAAAAGCACUGACACUGUACUAAUGGCACUGGGCAGGAAGGGGUUAACAUGUGGGGUGAUCAAAGGGUUAACAGUGUGCUGUUUACUACUAGGGCUGUGUCUGUGCUUCACUGUAAGCACACUUGCUGUGUAUUUCUCUGCACAGCAGAGAAAUACACAGCAGCAUGUUACUGCUGUCAGGAGAGAGAUCUGUCAUUUAUAC